UUGCCGCCAGUAGCGAGUGUCGUGUUCAUUGUGCGUUUAUCUGUGAGCUAAUUGCGUUAACAAGAAUGUAUGUCAUCUUAAAACAAAACGGUGUUUAAGUGGAACCGGUUGUUGAACAUUGUUAGUUUGCGCAUUUCGUACCAUUUGAAAUUUCUCGUGCACGAUGGCAGAGGCGAAAGGCGUAUCCCCAGCAUACGAGACGGUUCCCCCGCAGAGUCUGGAAGGAUACGGCUAUGACCAAGGAUAUAAUCCAAACUGUGCCCCUGCUGGAAGAGUAAAUCAAUCUUCAAGUCCGGUUUUGGUCAUAAACCAGCCGACGCAGAACAUGGUGUGCGUGGUGCAGGAAAGGCCGCCGGAUUACACUUGUUUGGCAAUCUUUUCUUGCCUCUGCUGUUUCUGGCCAUUAGGUCUUGUGGCCAUCAUCCUAGCGAUACAGGCGACAUCUCUGUCCGACACUGGUCACUACGAUGCUGCCAAAAGGUUGUCGAAUACCACACUGGGAUUCAUCAUUACUAGCAUCAUCAUUGGAAUCGCGUGUAUCGUAGUUUUCGCCGUUAUCUACACAGGAGCCCAUCGAAGCUAUUAAUCAUUCCAGUAAUGACAAUGUAUGCGAACUUAAAUGUAGAAAGAUUAAGAUUUUGAGUAGUGAAUUUUUCUGCAACUCGUUAGGUUAUUUGCCUUCCAAAUAUCAAAGAGAAUAUCAAUUUCAGUUCUUAUGUCAAAAUAUUAUUAUUUAAUCAUUGUUUCGCACUAUUUUGGAUAAUUAUAUUUAUGUUUCUUCAUGUAAACAUAAUUGUUUACACAGGCUUAUUAAUGAAUACAGACAGGUACUUUACUUGCCUAAUAUGCGAUCAUACAAAAAAUAUACCAUAUGAAUCUUGUUACGAAAGAAACUCUAUCUGCUUUUACACUUUAACACGAUGCAUAGAAUUGAUAGCUACCAAUAUGCAUAACACUAUGUUGGAAAUGGUUAUCUUAUGGCCAUCAAUGCCUUUUUUAUUAGCUAAGAGUUUGGCUGAAAUGUAAGGCUGGCAUUUUAAUAAUAUGCACCUUAAUAAAACGAUAGUACCGAUC